AGAAAAGUUAACCACACUGUGUAUCAUAAGAUUGAAUAAUUAUUUUAAAAAUAUUGAAAACUAUGUCCACGUCUUUGGAUGAUAUAGUGAUCAGCGGAAUGUCGGGUCGAUUCCCACUGUCGGACAGUGUGGACGAGUUCGCCCGCAAUCUCUUCGCUGGUGUCGAUCUCAUCACCGAAAGCGACAGUCGUUGGCCUAAAGAUUUCUGUGACAUAUCCUCCCGAAUGGCACGAAUUGAGAGUUACGACAGAUUUGACGCCAAUUUCUUUGGCCUCACGACAGAAGUGGCCGAAGAUCUGGACCCACAGAGCCGUAUGCUAUUGGAGGUCGCAUUUGAGGCCAUUAUGGACUCCGAUUUCUGUGACAUAUCCUCCCGAAUGGCACGCAUUGAGAGUUACGACAGAUUUGACGCCAAUUUCUUUGGCCUCACGACAGAAGUGGCCGAAGAUCUGGACCCACAGAGCCGUAUGCUAUUGGAGGUCGCAUUUGAGGCCAUUAUGGACUCCGCGAACUCUUACUUCAGUUUUUAA